AUGCAUUUCACAGCUUUCAUUGUUGCCGCCCUGACUGGGUCGGCGUUUGCCCUUCCAAUUGGAGAUGCCCUGGAGGCAAGGACGGUUGUCAAGGACCUCGAAGGCUUCACGAAGCCAAUUGUAGCUCGCGAGAACAAGCUGCCCGAUUUGAAGACUGCCCCUCUUGUUGGAGGUCUUGCUGGUGAACUUCCAACGAAGAGGCAGGUCCCCAACCUUCCUGUUGUGGGCUCCCUCACCAAAGUACUCCCGAUGAAAGAGCGCGGUCUUCCAAGUCUUCCAAACCUGCCUGUCGUCGGCUCCCUCAGUGGGCUAAUUCCAGUCAAGGAACGCGGCCUUCCAAGUCUACCAAACCUGCCUGUCGUCGGCUCCCUCAGUGGGAUAAUUCCAGUCAAGGAACGCGGUCUUCCAAGUCUACCAAACCUGCCUGUCGUCGGCUCCCUCAGUGGGAUAAUUCCAGUCAAGGAACGCGGUCUUCCAAGUCUACCAAACCUGCCUGUCGUCGGCUCCCUCAGUGGGCUAAUUCCAGUCAAGGAACGCGGUCUUCCAAGUCUACCAAACCUGCCUGUCGUCGGCUCCCUCAGUGGGCUAAUUCCAGUCAAGGAACGCGGUCUUCCAAGUCUACCAAACCUCCCAGCUGUUGGAUCACUCUCGAACUCUCUCCCAAUCAAGCGCGAAGACAUUCAAUGCGUCAAGGAUGAGGAGGGCCGGUGUGAGGGCCCCGCAGACUCAACGUCGAUGAAGCCUACUGCAAAAGGCACAGCAACAGGGACUGCAGCAGCAAAGGCGACUUCAUCGGGCAUACCGAAGGUGGACUACAUGAAGAUCAUCGAAGAUGCGCUUCCUAUCUAA